GCAGGGACUCACUGUGAGGGGGAACUUUGUUACUAUAAAACUUAGGAAUAUUUACAAAAUAUUGUAAAAAUUACCAAAAUCCCUCGUGAAUCCAUAACCUGCCCCCAGGAGUCGAGGCUUUUAGUUUAGUUUGCCCGGAAAGGGCUUCUCCACUCACUAUUCUUACACUUUUUUUGAAAGAAUGCGUGAGACAGACAGUUAGCCAGCCAGCUAAGCUAGCUAGCGGAGGGGUGAUACAGGCGGCAGGAGAGACAAAAGAUUUUUAUUUUUCGCGUUUUGGCCGGUUGUACUGACACCAAGUCCAUGCAGAACGUGUCAUUACCAUCACAAUGCCCGUUUUACUUUUUCUGAUAGACACGUCCGCGUCAAUGAACCAGCGCACCCAUCUGGGCACUACCUAUCUGGACAUAGCAAAAGGCGCUGUUGAGACUUUUAUGAAGCUCAGAGGGAGAGACCCGGCCAGCCGAGGGGACCGGUACAUGCUGGUCAGUUACGAAGACGUUCCGUUCGGGAUCAAGGCCGGCUGGAAGGAGAGCCACGCCACCUUCAUGACGGAGCUGAGAAACCUGCAGGCGGCCGGGCUCACCACGGUCGGCCAGGCCCUGAGGACCGCCUUCGAUUUACUCAAUCUCAAUAGAUUAGUGACGGGGAUAGACAACUACGGCCAGGGAAGAAAUCCAUUUUUCCUCGAACCGGCCAUCAUCAUUGCAAUCACCGACGGCAACAAGCUGACCAGCUCCGGCGGCGUCCAGGAAGAGCUCCACCUGCCCCUGACCACGCCGCUGCCCGGGAGCGAGCUGACCAAGGAGCCGUUCCGCUGGGACCAGCGGCUCUUCGCUCUGGUGCUGCGGAUUUCCGGCAACGCCUCGGUGGAGCCGGAGCCGCUGGGCGGCGUCCCGCCCGACGACUCCCCCAUCACCCCCAUGUGCGAGGUCACCGGAGGCCGGUCCUACAGCGUCUUCUCCCAGCGGAUGUUGAACCAGUGUCUGGAGUCUCUGGUGCAGAAGAUCCAGAGCGGCGUGGUGAUCAACUUCGAGAAGACCGGGCCGGAUCCGCCGCCGCUCGAGGAUGCUCCCCCCGAGGCGGUGAAGUCGGGUCCUCAGGCCUGGCACUGCUGCCACAAGCUGAUUUACGUUCGACCCAACCCCAAAACCGGCGUCCCCAUCGGCCACUGGCCCGUCCCCGAGGCCUUCUGGCCCGACCAGAACUCCCCCACGCUGCCGCCCCGCUCCGCCCACCCCCACGUCCGCUUCUCCUGCCUGGACGCCGAGCCCAUGGUGAUCGACAAGGUGCCCUUCGACAAGUACGAGCUGGAGCCGUCGCCGCUCACGCAGUUCAUCCUGGAGAGGAAGUCCCCGCACACCUGCUGGCAGGUGUUUGUGUGUAACAGCGCCAAGUACAGCGACCUGGGCCAGCCGUUUGGCUACCUGAAGGCCAGCACCGCCCUCAACUGCGUCAACCUGUUCGUCAUGCCCUACAACUACCCCGUGCUCCUGCCCCUCCUGGACGACCUGAUCAAGGUUCAUAAGUUCAAGCCCACGCUCAAGUGGAGGCAGUCGUUCGAGAACUACCUGAAGACCAUGCCUCCGUACUACAUCGGGGCUCUGAGGAAGGCGCUGAGGAUCAUGGGAGCUCCCAACCUGCUGGCGGAGAACAUGGAGUACGGCCUGAGCUACAGCGUGGUUUCCUACCUGAAGAAGCUCAGCCAGCAGACCAAAAUCGAGUACGACCGUCUGAUCGCCUCGGUCGGGAAGAAGCCGCCGCCGGAGGCCGGCAUCAAGGUGCGGUGGCGAGGGGGCGGGAUCUCCGUGGCGCAGCGCCGGGACUUCGUCCAGCAGCUGCAGAGCGUCACCGGGGAGGCGCCGGCGCCGCCGCUGGAGCUCAACCCCAAAGAGUUCCAGGGCUUCCAGCUGGCGCUGCUCAGCAAGGGCCUGAAGCCUCAGAGCUUCAGGAAUCCGUACGACGUCCCCCGGAGCCACCUGCUGGACCAGCUGAGCCGCAUGAGGAGGAACCUGCUGCACGGCGGCGCGGGCGCCCUGCGAGGACACGACUCCGAUCAGCUGCACAGCGUGCCGAUCGCCCAGAUGGGGAACUACCAGGACUUCCUGAAAGCGGCGCCGCAGCCGCUCCGGGACGCCGACCCCGAGCAGCCCAAACGCCUGCACACCUUCGGGAACCCCUUCAAACUGGACAAGAAGGGCAUGAUGAUCGACGAGGCGGACGAGUUCGUCACCGGCCCCCAGAACAAGGGCAAGAGGCCGGCGGACGGCGGCGGCCUGACGGGGGGCGGGCCCAAGAGGCGGCGCUGCAUGUCCCCCCUGCUGCGCCUGGGCCGGGCCUACACGCCCCCCGUGUCCCCCCCCGCCAGCCCCCGGCCCAUUGCAGACGUGGACGUGAGCGACGGCGCCCUGGAGCCAGACGUCCUCCUCAUCAACCACCUGGACCAGAACCACUGCGGCUCUGACGGCGACCCGGACCCGGACCCGGACCGCCCCUCAGGGCCCGCCCACCUCCAGGAGAACCACACGGCAGCGGAUCCGCAGCUGCUCCGGCUCGGGGACGAGGAGGAGAACGGGCGGCCGCCGCCGCCGGGGGGCGAGGCGGGCGCCGACCUGCUGCUGCUGGACGACCAGCCGCCGCGCUUCCUGUCGCCGGCGGCGCUGAAGAAGCACAUCCACACCGAGACCACCAAGGUCAACAACGAGCUGCGGGCGCUCAUCACCAAGGAGAUCCGGAAGCCCGGCAGGCACUACGAGAAGAUCUUCCUGCUGCUGAAGCAGAUCCAGGGCACUCUGGACACUCGGCUCGUCUUCCUCCAGAACAUCAUCAAGGAGGCGGCCAGGUUCAAGAAGCGAGUUCUGAUCGAGCAGCUGGAGAACUUCCUGGAGGAGAUCCACAGUCGAGCCAACAACAUGAACCACGUGGACUCGCUGUGAGACCGGGAAGCCCCGCCCCCGGGAAGCCCCACCCCCGGGAAGCCCCACCCUCAGGCCCUCGCCUCUCCAUCGGCCGCAGGAGAAGCUUUGCCUCUGGCUGGAGGACAGGAGGCUCCGGACGGGACCGCCAGCCUGAGGCGUACCGGCCGGGACGGUUCUGUCCAGCUCAGGGUCCAGGAGACGCUCCCGACUCGCGUCACCUUCAUGUUGAGUCUAACCUUUGACCUGUGGCGGGAUGAGGAUGGCUGGACCUGAACCUCCACACUCCGCUGCUCUGCCUCACCGGGGGGAUGAGGAGGAACGGUUCCCCCGAGGGAACCAAACAGAACCAAACAUCUGCAGGGUUAAGAACCUGUUUCCUGAGACGUGAGGAGCUGCGGACGGGUCAGCUGACGGGUCAGCUGAUGGAGCAGAUCAGUGGACAUACAGGGACAUCAAAGCUCAGGAAUCCAUCCACAUUACUGCAUCUGGAUCAGCAAUAAGUCUGGACCCCCCCCCCCCCCCCCCCCCCCCCCCCCCCCCCCCCCCCAUGCCCCCCCCAAUCCCCCAAUUUCGGCCCAAAUCCUCUGAUGUGCGACACACUGCGCUCUGUGGGACGGUUGAUGAACCGAGGUCCUGGAUGCCAGCCGGUCCCGACGCGCUGGCUGCUGCCAAAUGACCCCCGACCUCCACCCUGACCCCGGCCCACCCCGAGCCCUGCCCCCCCGCCCCACCCACACCGACCCUCCACCCCGCCCUCCACCCCCCCGAACGCCUCCGUUCUCUCACCCGGCCGUGAAUCUCAAACCGACUUCUCCUCGCUGCACCUUCAAUGCACUUGUGAACAUUUGACAGAAUCUUAUUUAACGUUAUUUAAAGGAGGAGAAUCGACCUUUUGUUGCAGUUGAGACCCGUUCUCCGGGAGGCCCCGUUCUCCAGGAGGCUCCCUCUGGAACCAAGUGGAGGCCGGGUCCAGAGCCGGUUCCGCUCCUCUCUCCUCGGACCGGGACCAAAACCUGCCAUACUUGUCUUUGUUUGUGAAGCGGCCGCUACCAAAAGAGUAUUGAGAGUAUUUUGAAUACACUGUACAGAUGUAAAUAAGCCAGAGUCCUAUUUAAAGAGAACGUUCGUGGCCUUUUUCUAAUAUUUCCAAGAAUAAAGUUUCUAUUUUACACUGUGAAGGGCCCUGGAAAUAAAGUUUUGGGUAAAACCCUGACUCUUUCAU